AUGGAUGCCAGUACUUCUUCAACGAUGCAACCAAGAAAGCAAAGAAAAUCGUUAACUAACAUGCCAUUGGAAGUGAUUGAGAAGAUGAUAGUCGAGAAACAUGCAGUUGGCAACAAAUGCAAAGAGAUGAGAAACCCAAAUAUUAUGUUCAGGGAUGAAUUGAUGAAGUUAUUUUUCUUGGAAGCUGAUCAUGAAGGGAAAUCGACGCUUGAAAAAGCAUCUACAUUGGGACAUUUGGAUUCAUCAUUUAUCCUGGGAAUAAUGCUGAUGGCAGAAGGCAGACAGAGGAAGCAGGACGCUUUGGACAUGUUGAACAACGCUUACCGCAAAACAAAAGUUACUUGGAAUCUUAGAGCAACUUGUUCCAAGGUUCAUCUCCACUUAAAUAGGGACUGGAGAAAACAUGUACACUUCCAUGGCUUCCGUAGAACUUGUGUAAUGCAUAGGUCUUUGAUUGGUGUGUCAGAUGCUGUUGUGAAUGGAUACAAAUGGGUGUUCAGGUAUGAAAUUUGUUUGUGGGAUGCUUGUUUCGUUAGAUUUGCUAGGCAGUUUGGGAUCAUUUAUGAGUAG